CCCGCUGCUCCCGGUGCAGAACCUUCGGCGGUCGGCUCUCCGCUUGCAGCACGUCCGUGGAGGUGGUGUGUCCUGAGCGUCUGGGAUCCCUCGCUGCCGCCAGCCUCGGUAUUGUUUGCGGGGCUUUUCUGAAGGCCAGGAAGGUUCUGAGGCGCUGCUGGCGCCGUCCUUCGCCCUCCCGACCCGCAGGCCGAUUCCCGUGGUAGCAUCCGGUAGGGAAAUGGUCGUGCUUUCGGUGCCUGCCGAAGUCACUGCGAUCCUUCUAGAUAUCGAAGGUACCACAACCCCGAUUGCUUUCGUAAAGGACAUUUUAUUUCCUUACAUCAAAGAAAAUGUGAAAGAAUAUCUACAAACACACUGGGAAGAGGAGGAGUGCCAGCAGGAUGUCAGUCUGUUAAGGAAACAGGCUGAAGAAGACACCCAUCUGGAAGGGGCAGUUCCAAUCCCUGCAGCAUCUGGGAAUGGGGUGGAUGAUCUACAACAGAUAAUCCAGGCUGUGGUAGAUAAUGUAUUCUGGCAGAUGUCUCUGGACCGAAAGACCACCGCUCUCAAACAGCUGCAGGGCCACAUGUGGAGGGCAGCAUUCACAGCAGGACACAUAAAAGCAGAAUUGUUGCUUCUGAUUGCUGGGAUCCAGCUUGUUGAUGGUCACUUUGAUACCAAGAUUGGACACAAGGUGGAGAGUGAAAGUUACCGAAAGAUUGCAAACAGCAUUGGGUGCUCCACCAACAACAUCUUGUUUCUGACAGAUGUUACUUUAGAGGCCAGUGCUGCCGAGGAGGCCGAUGUACAUGUAGCUGUGGUGGUGAGACCUGGCAACCCGGGAUUAACGGAUGAUGAGAAAAUGUACUAUAGCCUCAUCACUUCCUUCAGUGACCUGUACCUGCCCUCUUCCACAUAGAGGCAGGUUCUCCAAGAAGUCAAAAGUGUUCACAUGACUGUCCCCUCAAUGUCUAGUUUUAUUCUAAUGUAAAAGUAAUUUAUAUAUGCACACACCUGAACAAGUGUACAUAUGGGUGUGUGCCAGUUUCCACGGGCACAUAAGUGAAAAAGAGAAGUCUUCAGUUCAGUGAAAACAAAGUUUAAUUACAUGUAGAAAUUGUUUGAGCCCAUAACCCUUCAGUCUUGUGGAAGCUGAAGGGUGGCUGAUAGAAGAAAUUGCUAAAGGGUGUGAUGUGAUCACGUUGUGGUUUGCGGACUGAUUCUGCAGCCUUGUUCCUGUGAAAACUGGAAGGGCUUUAGAAAAGUUCCUAGUAGUAAUUCACCGCCCUGUCUCGUGUUUAAAGGUGAUAGCAACUGCAUUUCAUGUUUACCUGCUUGUAUACAAAGACAAAGGGAUUUGUUUCUGCUCUGAAAGAGCACAGGUGGGAACCAAAAGUCAGUUGAGCCUUGAUCUGUCAAGUGUCUAUUCCUUCAGAGGAAACUUGCUGAUCAUGCGGCCCUACUCUCAGGCACCAGCAUUUGUACUGGAAAAGGGGCAUUGCGGCAGCAGUCCAAGUAAAAUGUUUAACCAAGUAGUUCUGAUCCUGUCCAGUUACCAUCACAGAUUUGAUAGCUGCCUUUCUCACUAGGUCUUAGCAGUUUGAGAAUAUAGGUUAAUUACUAUUUUUGGAAUAAAGGUUUAUUGGAGUCCAUCUGAAACACCAAGAAGAACCCUAAUAUGUAAUAUUUUUCUCUGAAAUGGAUGUGAAAAAUGUAAAUUUUAUAACAACAUUUAUUUAUCCCAGUUGGAUUCUAUUAGGUUAUGUGUCAUUUUCAUGUUAUGAUUAAUAAAAAGUGUUUUCUUCUUUCAGUUUUA